AUUAUUAAAGAAAAAGACACUAUUGGAACCACUUUAGAGGAUAUUGCAAAUGAGUUUAAAGAAUUGGAUGGAAUAAUUAAACUUGAUGCGAGUGAAAAAGAAAUUCCGGAUGAUUACAAAGACAAACCAACUUCUGAUUUAACUCCGGAAAAAUUAUCUCAAUUACUUGGUUUCACGUCUAAACAUGCUAACCUUGUGGCUCAUUUGGCUGAAAAAGGUGAUGAUGAGGGUAAGAAGGAUGGAUAUGAGACUGGUCCAAAGAUAUUAAUCAGAACGAUUGUGGCUCACGAAGCUGACAAGGAUUUAGAAAAACCUAUUAACAAAGAUAAUCCAAUAGUGAAAGAGAUGAUGGAAACAAAUAAAAGUGUAACUGGUUAUGAUGAGGAUCACACUAAGUGUAAGUUUAACAAGGCUCGGUAUGGUAAUCCCGAAGAGGAUAAUGGGGAAACAUCAAACGGCGGUCCUUCUACUCCUACUACUGAAGAAACCGGAAUUUUGGCUCACCUCAAGGCAAAUUGA